GAUACAGAAAUGGUCGAUUUAGAUUCAGAUGGUCCUGGAACUUCAUCUGGAAGAAGGGUCAAAUGUCGAGGCAGAAGACCGUCUUUGAAGUGUAAUCCUGACGCUUGGAAAAAACAAUGCAAAGAACUAUUGAGCCUCAUUUAUGAACGUGAAGACUCAGAGCCAUUUCGACAGCCUGCAGAUCCUCCUUCUCAACCAGCUCACCAACAGCAAGAAGGAGAACCCUCAGCAUCAGCUCUUCCAGAUAGUCAAGAUCCAUCUCAGUCUGAGGAUUAUCAAGAUGGUAUAGACACACCUAUGGACUUCAGCACUGUGAAAGAAACUUUGGAAUCAGGAAAUUAUGAUAGUCCUCUGGAAUUUUAUAAAGAUGUUCGCCAAAUAUUCAGCAACUCCAAAGCUUAUACUUCUAAUAAAAAGUCAAGGAUCUAUAGCAUGACGCUGAGAUUGUCUGCCUUAUUUGAAAAUCACAUUAAAAAUAUCAUCUCUGAAUAUAAGUCAGCAAUCCAAAGUCAGAAGAGGAGAAGGCCUCGGUACAGGAAACGCCUGAGAAGCAGCAGCAGCUCACUGUCCAGCAGCAGAGCUCCUAGCCCGAAAGGGAAGCAGAAGCAAAUGAAGUUACAGCCUAAAAAUGACCAGAAUACCUCAGUGUCUUAUGCCAGGACUGGUUCUCCUUUCUCUUCUCCUGUUUCAGAUGCUGCUGAAGGUGUUUCACAAUAUCUACUUGAUGAUGAAGGAGAUGGGCCAUUUUCUCCAUCGAGUUUCAGUGGAUAUAGCCGAAGUGGAAAUAGCCAUGACCCAGGAAAAGCCAAAUCAUUUCGUAAUAGAGUUUUACCAGUUAAACAAGAUCACUCCACUGAUGGGCCUCUUACAAAUGGCGAUGGCAGAGAGCCCCGAACAGGAGCCAAAAGGAAACUACUCAGUGCAUCAGAAGAGGACGAAAGCAUGGCAGGAGAAGAAAAGGAGAUGAAAGAAACAAAAGAGAAAGCGCAUUUGUCCUCCUCCGAGAGUGGAGAGCUAGGCUCCAGUUUAAGUUCAGAAAGCACCUGUGGCUCCGAUUCUGACUCGGAAUCUACUUCCAGAACAGACCAAGAUUAUGUAGAUGGCGAUCAUGGCUAUAGCAAAUUCAUACAAACCAGACCUAAAAGAAAACUCAGAAAACAACAUGCCAAUGGAAAGAGAAACUGGAAGAUGAGAGGCACAGGAGGAAGAGGCAGAUGGGGAAGAUGGGGUAGAUGGAGUAGAGGAGGCAGAGGCAGAGGUGGCAGGGGGCGAGGGGGGCGAGGGAGAGGUGGAGGUGGGGGGAGAGGGCGAGGGCGAGGGAGAGGAGGAAGAGGUGCAUCUAGAGGAGCCUCCAGAGCCAAGCGAGCACGUAUUGCUGAUGAUGAAUUUGAUACCAUGUUUUCAGGACCUUUCAGUAGACUUCCUCGAAUCAAAACAAGAAACCAAGGCAGGAGGACUGUUUUGUAUAAUGAUGAUUCGGAUAAUGACAAUUUUGUGUCCACUGAGGAUCCUCUGAAUCUUGGUACAUCCAGAUCAGGCAGAGUCCGUAAAAUGACAGAAAAAGCCAGGGUUAGCCAUCUCAUGGGAUGGAAUUAUUAA